AUGGAUCAAGGACCAAGGUGCGGUCGCGAUGUGGGCAACGAUCCCGACCGCGUAGCGACAAUGUACGGCGAACUUGGCAACAAGCUGGUCCAACACGCCAAACGAACCCAAUCCCUCGUCCACCUGCCACCCUACCAAACCGAGCUCGCGCGCGCCGUCACCCGCGAAGUCCGCGACCUCGACCGCGAUGUAGCACGGCUCCUCGACCCCUUCGAGGGCGCAUUCAACCCAUCCGCCGACCCGGCCGUGGCAUGCGCCCUGCUAGUGGACCAUCUGUGCAUGCGCCGCAACAAACGCUGUCUACUGGCGUAUCACCGCGUACGCACCGAGAAGCUGGAGGAGCUGUGCUGGAAGGGCGUGGACGUGCUGGAGCAGCAGCAGCCCAGCGACGCAUCCGAGGACAACAGCCGCGGCCAGGCUAUGCAGGGUGGUGGUAGUAUGGGAUCGGCGGCGGCGCUCGGUGGGCAUAGCUCGCUGAGUCCCGAGGAGGAGGAGUAUUUUCGGCAGUAUGGCGAUAUGCUGGCGACGUAUAAGGGGCAGUGGACGGAUAUCGAUUUGACGGGGACGUUGGAGCCGCCGAAGGAAUUGUUUAUUGAUGUUCGCGUGUUGAAGGAUGCGGGGGAGAUUCAGACGGAAUAUGGCGUGAUCAAUUUGACCAAGAACAGCCAGCUCUAUGUCCGCCAAGGCGAUGUCGAGCGGUUGAUUGCUCAGGGUUUCCUCGAGCGAUUAAGCUGA